ACACACACAAUACCAACUCGAAACAAAAUUAAUAGAAACAAAAAACAAAAACAUUAAAAAUAGAAAGGAAAAUUUAUUUUCUUCAAGAUCGCGAUCUUCAAAAACAUCCGCUUCUCUUCCCUUCUCCGGCGUAAUCAUGGAUGUUCGAUCUCCAGCUCCCGUCCCGAUCGGAUCUCGGCGGCGUGACAACAAAUGGUCAUCUCGGUGGGGCCCUCCCGACGAGAAAGAAGCCAAGGAGAAGGAGGAGCUUCACACUGAAACUGAUCCUCGCGACAACAAAUGGAGGCCACGUCAUCGGAUGGAGGCUCAGUCCGGUGGGCCGAGUUCUUAUCGCGCUGCGCCUGGGUUUGGGCUUGAUAAAGGACGUAGUGAUGGGCCUAAUUUAGGGUUCACCGUUGGUAGAGGAAAGGCGCGGGGUUCGUUGUCAAGGAAUGAAUGUGUUCCUGGUGAAUCUGGGGUUGUUAUGUGUCGGUAUUUGAGAGGGAAGUUGCUUGAUUUGUAUAGGAACCAGAAGGUUGUUGGGAUGAUGAAGGUUGAGAUGGAGGAAGUUGAGUUUGUGACUCGAGGGGAUUUGAUUGAGCCUCUUGCUUUUGUAGCUCCUGAUGUUGAAGAAGAGGAAAGCCUUAAGGGGAUAUGGAAGGGAAGGAUUAUUAGUAGCGAAGCUCACACUUCACCUGGGGAAGAAUCAUUAGGUGGGAAAAAUGUGGAUGGUGGUUUGCUAGGGGUUGUGAGUGGUGAGAGUGGUUCCAUGCAUAAUAGUAAUUCAGGAUUACUUGGUAGUCAUAAUGGAGGACUUUGGGGUGUUUCUGAAAGUGAUCAAGUUUCUCAUGGAAGUCCUGAAGCAGUUAGAUCUGCUUUUACUAAAUCCUCUUCUAUGUUGGAUGCGGGUGAAUCCCUUGUUACGGGAAAGCUGCAGCAACCAGAUAUUGAAGUGAAUCACUCCGAAGGGGAUAUGCCACCUGAUGAGUUUUUGUUCUCGUACAUUGAUCCUCAAGGAGUAAUACAGGGACCGUUCAUUGGAUCUGACAUUAUUUCAUGGUUUGAACAAGGGUUUUUUGGGACAGAUCUUCAGGUCCGCUUGGCAAAUGCUCCAGAAGGGACUCCUUUUCAAGAUCUAGGCAGUGUCAUGUCGUAUUUAAAGAUGGAAAGUAUGAAUGGUCAUAUCAAUGACCAAAUCAGCGAGCUAGAAGAGAAUAGUCGAAAAGCAAAUUCGGAGAUUGGUUUAUCAUUUGCACCUUUAGCAGAAUCUAAUGGUUCGGCCUCAGCUCACGAUAAUGUUCAAAUGAAGUCUAAUUCAGAAGCUUAUGUGAAACCACCACAUGUUAAUGACCGCAGUUUCUCGGACUUUUCUGCUCAAGAUGAAGAAAUCGUAUUCCCAGGAAGAGCUGGAGUUUCUGGUUAUGGAUCGGCAAAAUCCUCUACAAGUAUGAAUGAUGCUUUAAUGGGAGUUUCUGGCCACUCUGCUAUUCCUGUUGAAUCAGCUAAGGUUGCUGCUCAAAAUCAGAAUGAGAACAAGCUGCAUCCGUUUGGUGUGUUGUGGUCUGAGCUAGAAAGCGGUAGUACACCAGUUAAUCAUUUGCCGAACAGGUCGUAUGAUACAAUACGUGACCAGAAGUACCUUGAUCAAACUCAGGAUUUGGAUCAUUUAAUGACUCUCCAAUUGCAGCAACAGCAGCAGCAGCAAAAGAUUCAGUUGCAACAGCAGCAGAAGAUUCAGUUACAACAACGUCAACUAGAACAAGAGUAUCAAUUACAACAGAAGCUCUUACAGGAGCAACAACAGUCUCAUGCUCGGCAAUUACAUUUUCAACAGAUUCUUCAAGGACAGACUCCUGAUUCAAGGAUAGGGCAGUCACAUGACUUCUCUCGGUUCAACAAUGUUGAUCAGAUGUUAUUAGAGCAGCAACUAAUGGAUGAAUUACAGAGUUCUGGCCACCUAUCACAAAAUUUUACACCAUACAUGGAGCAGCUUGCCGCUGGAAAUUUUGGGCAGUUACCACAUGAAGGUCAUCAAAAAGAGCUACUUGAACAGCUACUUUCCACACAAAGGCAAUCUCAAUAUAGACAAAUGCAUUCUCAACAUGGACACUUGCAGUCUGAACCAAUACGGUCUUUGGAGUACCAGCUACUGCAACAAGAGCAGCUCUUGCAAUUGGCAAAUGGAGGGAGGCAAAAUACAGUAUUGGACGAACUGAGACAUAUUGACCCUCAACAUGGACAAAUGCAGUCUGAAUCAUUACGGUCAUUGGAGUACCAAAUGCUGCAGCAAGAGCAGCUCAUGCAAUUGGCAAAUAGAGCGAGGCACAAUGCGCUAUUGGAGGACCAUAGACAUGUUGACCCUCUAUGGCCAUCUAACCGUAAUGAUCAGCAUCUAGGAACUCAUCCUGGGAUCCACCGCUCACACUCUUCUACGGGAUUUAGACCAGGAGACUUCCAUCAACAGCAGCAGAGGCCACCCUUUGAGGAUCACUUUGGUCAUCAUGAGCGGAGCCUUUCAUAUCAGCAACAACUUAGUCAGGAAUUAUUCGAGCAAGGUCUACCAUUUGAGCGAUCUACAUCAUUAAACAGAAAUGCUUCGGGGCUAAAUCUGGAUGCAGUAAAAGGUCUUGGAUUCUCAGAGUUGCAGGAUGCUACUGCCCACAUGCAAUCAUCUGGUAGAUUAGGAAAUUCUACUCCGGGUUUCAGUCAUCAGAAUUCCCAGAUACAAUUAGGUGAACCUCAUUUUCCAGAAUUGGAACAAAGGAAAGAACGCUGGCAAGGAGCAGAUACCCAGCUAGCUGGUGGCUGGGCCGAAAAUCAAUUUCAUAGAUCAAAUACUGAUGCUGACCAUCAUAAAAUCAGGUCAGAAAUGAGGAGACCGGGGGGAGAUUCCAACUCAUGGAUGGUAGAUGGACAUACAGAUGAAAAGUCAAAACAGCUUUUCAUGGAGCUGCUUCACCAGAGGCCUGGCCAUCAAUCCGUCGAGUCACCAAGCAUUAAUCGUGGGGAACCCUACGACAGGAUGGCUCCUUCAGGCUUCGGCCAUGCAGACCAUGGUGGUAGACAAAACGCUGCGUCUUCGUUUGGGUCGCAUGCAUCUUCUGAUGAACAUGUAAACGGAUUACCAGGAGAUGGGAACUAUAUGGGAUCGUUGCAGCGUAAUAAUCCAUUGCUUUCUGGAAGUAUCGAUGGUGGAAGAAAAAAUGAAACUAAAGACUUCAGUAAUAUGUUUGUUAUGGGCAAAGACGCGAAUGACAUCAAAACGUGGAACAAUGCCCCACCAAAAAAGGAAGGAGCGGGAUUGAUGUCAUUUGAAGCCCAAGACAGAAUGGGAAAGCAAGCUGUAAUGGACUCCUUGGUUCAAAGGGAGGUUCCCGUUGGUACGCUUGGCAAACAGUCUUCUUUCAGUAUCUCUGAGUCAUACAACGACAACUUGGUUGGAGAAGUUAGAAAGGAUAGGUUGGUUGUUCCAUCACACGGGCAGGUAUCAGUUUUGUUAAAAAGGCCUCCCUCAUCGCAUUCGUCAUCAUCGCACGACGGAAUGCUCGAACAUAUGUCGGAUGCAGCUAACAGAACAGCAGUGGGAAACAAAGGGUCAAAGGCGUCAUUCAGUGAGAUGUUGAAGAAUAGUAAUAGCAGCAGCAUGAAGAAAGUGGCAGCAGAGCCACCUUCUGAUCCAAACGAUGGAAACAAAGGCGGCGGUGGGAAAAAGAAAGGGAAGAAAGGGAGGCAGCUUGAUCCAGCUCUUCUCGGUUUCAAAGUCACUAGCAAUCGCAUUCUCAUGGGCGAAAUUCACCGCGCUGAUGACUUUUAAUCAUUCUGAUAACCUGAUCCAUUCAAGCGUUUAUUCUUCUCCGUCAUAAUCAUUGACAACUUCAAAGCGACUCGCAGACAGGAAAAUGGAGAAGUUUGACGAAAAGAGGCUUUGUUCCUGAGAACACUACGCCUCUCUUCAAGAUCACCAGGACUGCAACUAGCGGAGGUAUGGCAUAAUACCGAAUCACAUUCAAGCUAGAAGAAUCAAGUUUUAGAAAUGAAUCUUUCUUUUUCUUCUGUCUUGACUAUUUUAUCUCCUUAGCUGUAGAAUGCAACCUUCUGUUUGUAAUUGUGCGUGUUAAUGUAAUGAAGAGUCUUUUGUUAAAGUUAUCAUAUCUUCCAAGUUAUAUGCUCUUGUUGGUAUGCGUUUGUUCACCCGUUACGCCACACGCAGUGUAUAUUAAAUUUGAG